AUGUCCACUACGUCCAAAGAGUUUUCCGGCUUCGCCUUUCUAGUCGCGGUUGUACUCGCUCUUUUCUCCGGCGCUGCCUUCUGGGCCUGCAGGCCUGCUAUGCCCACGGACCUCCGUGCCAAGAGCCUGGGCCAGCUUGUGGCCGCACAGGCGCCCGCGCUUCUGCAGCUUUUUCAGCUUUGGGCCGUGCUCGGGAAGAACCUGGUGAGGCGCGUGCCCGAGGUCUCCGUUGCGGUCGGUGACACCAGUGACAGUCUACUAUCAUACAUGGAGGUCCUGCAGUUGACGGGUGCAGAGGUGCAGAAUGCCUUCGCCUUGCAGUGCGUCUUCGACGCCCCAACGGUCCGGAUGGCCUUCGGAUUGGCAACUCCGCUGGUGCCUCUCUUUGUGGUGGCUGCCUGCAUGUGCCUCGAGCUCUUCAGCCAUGGGCUGGGAAUCAGCAUGUCUUCAAAGGCUCUGACGAUCCUCUUCGUAGGGGGUGCCUCGGGUGCUGCCCAACUUCUGGAAUGUCAGCGCUUGGACGGUGAAGGAAAUGCUAUUCCAGCCGACUUGGCCUUUCGACCGCUUUUUCCUCACAUGAAGUGCAAUGCGGACGACGAGUCGGCCUGGGUUGACUGGGUCGGGUGGGUCAGCGUCUUCGCCUAUGUCAUCGUCGUUCCAUGCCUCAUGGCGCUCCUGUUCGUCAAGCAGCGGGCGGUGAUGAGGAAAGCCAAGACGUUCUUCAUCUCCGGAUUUACAGAGGCGGAGGGAAAGGUACGCUUAAAGAUACGGAUGGGCAGCGACGAGAUGGCCUUCGAGGACGAUGUUUUGAAAAAGCGGCUGGUUGCAGCUGCUGCUGCACACGUGGCCGUUCAUAUUCGCGGAGGCGCCCUGGUCGAGCUUCACAAGGAUUCAGU